GCGCGUGAGACGCGGCUGCACAGCGGCGCGACCCAGUGUACGCGGGCGCGCGCUCGACAGCCCGCAGGAGCGCAGACGCCCUCGGUCCGCGUGCGUGACGUCAGAAGCCGGCGGAGCCGACCGAGACACACACCGCGAAGUGGACACACACUGUCGCGCAAAGAUCCCCGUCGAUGUAGGAGCCGCGGCGGCGCGCGCCAUGGACACCCUUUCAACUUGUUCGCUGGCCGUGGUCACUUUCCUGCUGUCGGUCCGAGGACAGGUGUUCAAAGGUGCCUGCAACUUUGAGAACCCCUACGUGUCCUGCGGGUAUGUCCAAGGCAAAGAGGAUGACCUGGAAUGGGAGCAGGUCAACACCAAAGAGAGACCGUCUCUGGACCCCUUGAUGCCCACAGGUGCUGCGUUCAUGAUGGUGAACAGCACCGGCAGGUUUGCUGGACUGAAGGCCCAGCUCCUGAUGCCGCAGGUGAAGGAGAACGACACCCACUGCGUCGUCCUCCAGUACCUGGUCUCGGGCCAGGAGGGCGUCAGCCCGGGACACCUCAACAUCUACGUGAGGGAGAACAGCAGCCCGCUGGGGAUCCCCGUGUGGAACGCGUCCAGGUCGACCGCCCUCGCCUGGCACCAGCUGGAGUUGGCCAUCAGCACUUUCUGGCCAAACUUCUACCAGGUCGUGUUUGAGGUGGUCACGUCCGGACAGCGCGGCCUGGUGGCGAUCAAGGAUGUGAGACUCCAGGGCCAUCAGUGCAUGAAAACACCCCACUUCCUGCACAUAAAAGGCGUGGAGGUCAAUGCAAGGCAAACGGCAACUUUCCAGUGUACCUUCAGUGGACGGCCCCUCGACAUCUCCAACAUCUGGCUACAGGGGAUCAGCGGUCGAGAAGCUCCAAGGAAAUCCACGAGGCCCGUGAAUGACCGGCGGUUCAUUGCUACCUUCGACGUGGAGAACACCACCAAGGGUGACUCUGGGCGAUAUCGCUGCAUUGUGCAUUCGGACAAAGGAGUUGGAGUGUCUACGUACGCGGACCUCACUGUAAAACAGCCCCCCGUGCCAAUUGCACCCCCGCAACUAAUGGGGGUGGGGGCCACCUACCUGUGGAUCCAGCUCAACGCCAACUCCAUCAACGGAGACGGCCCCAUCAUCGAGAGGGAGGUGGAGUACCGCACCAUGUCUGGGACCCUCAUUGACAACCAGCCCGUUGACAAGACCACCCACAAGAUCGGCCACCUGGACCCUGACACAGAGUAUGAAAUCAGCGUCCUGCUCACAAGGCCCUUGGACGGCGGGACGGGGGCUCCGGGCCCGCCCCUCCGGGCUCGGACAAAGUGCGCUGACCCCAUGCAUGGGCCCAGGAGGCUCGAGGUGGUGGAUAUCCAGUCUCGCCAAAUAACCGUGCGCUGGGAGCCCUUCGGCUACAACGUGACGCGGUGCCACAGCUACAACCUGACGGUGCAGUACCGGUACCACUCAGACGGUGAGGAGCAGACACGGGAGGAGGUGUGCUACGACGUUCCUGGAGCCGGCCCGCAGCACGUCAUCCGCGGCCUCCCGCCUUACACCAAUGUCAGCGUCCGGCUGGUGCUGCGCAAUCCAGAGGGGGUCCAGGAGAGCGAGGAGGUGGACGCGCUGACCGAUGAGGAUGUCCCAGGUGCUGUCCCUCUGGAGUCCAUUCAGGGAAGCACCUAUGAGGAGAAGAUCGCUCUGAGGUGGAGAGAACCAGCACAGACCUACGGCAUAAUUACACUCUAUGAGAUCUCCUACAAGGCCGUCAGUUCUUUUGACCCGGAGUUUGACCUGUCCAACCAGAGUGGUAAGGUGUUCAAGCACAGCAAUGAGACCACUCAUGUGUUCGUGGGCCUCUAUCCUGGGUCCACGUACUCCUUCACCAUUAGAGCAAGCACGGUCAAAGGUUUUGGCCCCCCUGCCAUCACCCAGUUCACCACCAAGAUCUCAGCUCCCUCGAUGCCAGGCUACGACCAGGAGACUCCACUCAAUCAGACAGACAGCACAGUGACCGUCCUGCUAAAGCCAGCACAGAGUCGUGGGGCACCAGUCAGUGUGUACCAGGUGGUGGUGGAGGAGGAACGACCACGACGAACCAGGGGGGCGGCAGAAAUCCUGCGCUGCUACCCCGUUCCUAUCCACUUCCAGAACGCCUCGCUGCUCAACUCGCCCUAUUACUUCACGGCCGAGUUCCCGGUGGCAGGCCUCCAGGUACCUCAGCCCUUCAGCGUUGGCGACAACCGAACGUACGGCGGCUACUGGAACGCCCCGCUGCUCCCCCACAAGAGCUACAGCAUCUACUACCAGGCCGUCAGCACCGCUAACUGGGAGACGAAAAUCGAUUGCGUCCGUGUCGCCACCAAAGCCGCCAUUAUUGCGACCCAGCUCACCACGCCCUACAUCCGCAUCGCGCCGGCGGCUGGCGACAACCAGCUCACAGGGGCAGCCACACGGAAACCAGAUGCCGUGGAGCCCGAGAAGCAGACGGACCACACGGUGAAGAUUGCCGGAGUUAUCGCUGGUAUCCUGCUCUUCGUCAUCAUCUUCCUCGGCGUGGUGCUGCUUAUGAAGAAGAGAAGAACCUAUCACUCCUACACUUAUUACCUGAAGUUGGCAAAGAAGCGCAAGGAGACACUGAGCAGCACCCGGCAGGAGAUGACGGUCAUGGUCAACUCCAUGGACAAGAGCUACACGGAGCAGGGCACCAACUGCGACGAGGCCAUCUCCUUCAUGGACACGCACAACCUCAAUGGUCGAGCUGUAUCUUCACCGUCUUCGUUCACCAUGAAGACCAACACCCUCAGCACGUCUGUCCCAACCUCCUACUACCAAGAUCCCUUUGUGCCAACUGCUAUCUUAGUGCCUAUUAAUGACGAGAGCCAGACGAUGACCAGCGACACCAGCAGCCUGGUGCAGUCCCACAGCCACUCCUACAAGAAGCGCGAGGCGGCCGACGUGCCGUACCAGACGGGCCAGCUGCACCCCGCCAUCCGCGUGGCCGACCUGCUGCAGCACAUCACCCAGAUGAAGUGCGCCGAGGGCUACGGCUUCAAGGAGGAGUACGAGAGUUUCUUCGAAGGACAGUCGGCGCCCUGGGACUCGGCGAAGAAGGAUGAGAACAGGAUGAAGAACCGAUACGGCAACAUCAUCGCGUAUGAUCAUUCCCGCGUCAGGCUUCAGGCCCUGGAGGGAGAGCAAAACUCGGAUUACAUUAAUGCAAAUUACGUUGAUGGCUACCACAGGCCGAACCACUACAUCGCCACGCAAGGACCCAUGCAAGAAACUGUGUAUGACUUCUGGAGAAUGGUGUGGCAGGAGAACUCGGCCAUCAUCGUCAUGGUGACCAACCUCGUGGAAGUGGGAAGGGUGAAAUGCUGUAAAUACUGGCCUGAUGACACAGAGAUCUACAGGGACAUGAAGGUGACGCUCAUCGAGACCCAGCUCCUGUCUGAGUAUGUCAUCAGGACCUUCGCCGUGGAAAAGAGAGGAGCCCACGAGAUCCGGGAAAUUCGUCAGUUCCACUUCACUGGCUGGCCUGACCACGGCGUGCCGUACCAUGCCACAGGGCUCCUGGGAUUUGUCCGCCAGGUUAAAUCAAAGUGCCCAGCUAAUGCGGGGCCAAUUGUGGUCCAUUGCAGUGCUGGGGCAGGACGCACUGGCUGCUUCAUAGUUAUCGACAUCAUGCUAGAUAUGGCAGAGCGGGAGGGCGUGGUGGACAUCUACAACUGUGUUCGUGAGCUGCGUUCCCGCAGGGUCAACAUGGUCCAAACAGAGGAACAGUAUGUCUUCAUUCACGACGCCAUCCUGGAGGCCUGUCUAUGUGGGGACACGACCAUCCCGGCCUCACAGCUACGCUCCAUCUACUAUGACAUGAACCGCCUGGACCCACAGACCAACUCGAGUCAGAUCAAAGAGGAGUUUCGAACACUGAACAUGGUGACGCCCACAUUGCGGGUGGAGGACUGCAGCAUCGCCCUGCUGCCACGCAACCAUGAGAAGAACCGCUGCAUGGACGUGCUGCCGCCCGACCGCUGCCUACCCUUUCUCAUCACCAUUGAUGGAGAAAGCAGCAACUACAUCAACGCUGCCCUCAUGGAUAGCUACAAGCAGCCAUCAGCAUUCAUAGUAACGCAGCACCCUCUGCCCAACACGGUUAAGGACUUCUGGAGGCUUGUUCUGGACUAUCACUGCACUUCUAUAGUGAUGCUGAACGAUGUGGAUCCAGCACAGCUUUGUCCUCAGUACUGGCCCGAAAACGGGGUCCACAGGCACGGCCCCAUCCAGGUGGAGUUUGUGUCUGCUGAUUUGGAGGAAGAUAUUAUUAGUAGAAUAUUCCGGAUCUACAACGCUGCACGACCCCAGGACGGGUACCGCAUGGUUCAGCAGUUCCAGUUCCUGGGCUGGCCCAUGUACCGGGACACACCCGUCUCCAAGCGCUCCUUCCUCAAGCUCAUCCGCCAGGUGGAGAAGUGGCAGGAGGAGUACGAUGGUGGUGAGGGACGCACGGUGGUGCACUGCUUGAACGGAGGGGGCCGCAGCGGGACCUUCUGUGCCAUCAGCAUUGUUUGCGAAAUGCUCCGUCACCAGCGCACGGUCGACGUGUUCCACGCUGUGAAAACCCUGAGGAACAACAAGCCCAACAUGGUGGAUUUGCUAGAUCAGUACAAGUUCUGCUAUGAAGUUGCACUGGAGUACCUGAAUUCCGGUUAAAUCGACUCAAAACCGCCCCGCCGAAUCUGGCCUGACCCGCCUGCACUUGACUUUUGGACGUCACUCCGGAACCUUCUCGACCUGUGCGGGUGCAUUGGGUGAAGGAUGAAGACUGUAAGACGAGGGGUGCGCGCUGCCCACCUGUCCUGCCCGCAGCACUUGCCCUUCUCCGUGUGUACAGACGUGGUACUGUACCCCAGCUACCUGGACAAGGUCAAAGUCACUGCACCGCGUUCGCCCUCCACGACUCUGUGUCCGUUUCCCUCCUCUGCUAUUGCCUGUAACCCCCCCCCCGUUUGUCGCCUUUA